ACGUGGAGGGGGAGGGGGGGUCGGUUGGGGAGGUAGGAACGGCCCGUGGGGAGGGGAAGAGCCGAGACCACCAGUGCCCUUUUCCUCUUUUAACCUUCCCUUUGGCCCACCCCUCACCUUCCCCCCCACCCCCAAACCCUGACCUUCUCCUUUGGCCCUUCGCCUCUGACUCUCCCCUAAAUGACUACCCUGACUCCCCAAUUCUGAGCCUUACCUCUAACCCUGACCCCUACCCUCUGACCUCUUCUUGUCUCUGAUUCCCAACUACGAUCUCCCAGUUCAUGAGCCUUUCCUUGACCUUUAACCCCCCACCCCCAACCUCUACUCCCUGACCCCCCUUCUGUUCCCUUCCUCCAACCUCUGAACCUGACUGCAGCCCUGGUCAGUCUCUCCCUGGGCCACCCUUGCCUUUGACCUCGGACCCUCACCUCUGGUCUCUCCAGCCAGCCCCUGCCCUAUGGGAUCUUCCCUGCUCCUGCCUGCUUCAGCUCUCCCUCUGUCCCCAGAUAAAGGGGUGGUCCCAAGAAUUCCCCCGUCUCCAUGAGCAUGCUGUCCCCCUGCUCUGUCACAGGCUGCCAUGGAGCCCCGGGGGCUGGACCCCCGACCAGUGCAGCCGGCUGACCGGUCGGCCUGCAUCCGACACCGGAGGACCAAGCGGGAGCGGAACCAGGCAAGGGCCAGCAGAGGCUCCAGUGCUGGGGGCCCCCGGACCCCCCGGGCUCGGCCUCGGUGCUCACUGGCCCACAGGGACCCAGCUCUGGGCCCCCCUGCACCCCAGCCUGUGGUCAUCACCCAGGGCCGGCUGAGCCGGGCACACCGGGGCCUCCUGAGUAACGAGGUGAAGUCCCUGAACGUGGACCGGUUGCUGAGUGGCCUGGCUGAGGAGGCGAGCAGCCCCCCACCCGGGGAGACCCUAGACCCCACAGCAACAACAGCGCCACCCCUGCAGCCCACCUGGGGAGAGGAGCCCAGCCCACUGCCACCCAAGGGCAAAGAAAAUGAAGCUCCAGGAGGGCCCACCCCGGGUCCCCCCAGCCCUCGGACACUCCUGGAGGAGCUUCAGCUUCAGCUGCAUCUUCCUGGGGCCUUCCCCAGGCGCAGCCUCAUCCAGGAAGCCCGAGGAGAGAUUAUCGGGGCCAUGCUGGCCCACUACGGGGAACUGCCUGACCUUGGCCAGGUCCUUAGGGGCCUGAGGGAACAGGGAGCAGGGCCAGAGCCUAGAAGCCAAGAGGAGUGGAGGAUGGUGCCCCGGGGUCGAGACCACUCUGAUCCACAGGUCCUGGUGGAGAGCAGAAGAAGGAGGAGGAGGAAGGGAAAAAGGGAACUUGUGUUUACCUUGGGGGCCACCCCAAGCCCACCUUCCACUGAAAAGAGCCUGGUGCUACCCCCGGACCCAUGGGUGCCCUCACCCUCACCCCCACCCCCAACCCUUGGACCUGAGCGUGGAGAGACGACUUGGGGCCCCCAGACAUCAUUCGAUGUCCUGAAGAGCAUCUGGCUGCCUGCUACCCCACCGACAUGUGCCCCGCCCUGGCAGUGGGGGGCUGGGGUGGCUCCCCACCCAUCUGCUUGCUUCCCCAACUCAGAGGCCCUGGACUGGAGCCCCAGCCCCCCAGCCCCAAUGCCUGGACUGCCCUGGUUUGUGUCCAGGAGCAGCCCAGAGCCCUGGACCUUCCCCCGCAUGCGGCUCUACUGAGGGUGGGAGCCAUCCCCGAAAUGUGCCCCUCCAUAAAGGAACUUGUUGAGAGUAUUCUCAUUUCUAGGAGAUGGCAGCAGGGGAGAAUUAGCUCCCGUUCCCUCUUGGUGCUUUCAUGUUCAAUAAUUUCAAUAAAAAUAUAUGAAGAGCCCAGCA